UCAGGGUGUCGUCCGCCUUUCGCCCGAUGUCAGCCGGCCGGGAUUGGCGCCAACAUCUCCGGCGACCCUGAACAGGAUGGAUGGAUGGAUGGAAGUCGCAAAGCAAAGUGGCUCAUUUUCUGUUUUCACCUGACGGAGCGCGCAGGUUUCCCGAAUGCCAGCCGACGGUCCCCAUGGAGCUCCUUCCGAUUAGCCAGGACGUCGUCCCCUCUGCCGCCUGGUCCCUUUUCAACGGCACCCACAACUUGACCGGGGAAGCGCCGCCGAGGUCAGAGGGACCCCUCCCGGGCCCGGCGGGCGUCUUGAUCCCACUCAUCUACGGCGUGGUGUGCGCUGUAGGCCUGGCGGGCAACACCCUGGUGAUCCACGUGGUGGUCAACCACAGCCCGGGGUCGUCGGCCACCAACAUCUACAUCCUCAACCUGGCCGUGGCCGACGAGCUCUUCAUGCUGGGCCUUCCGUUCCUGGCGGCCCAGAACGCGCUCCUCUCCUGGCCCUUCGGCUCGCUCCUCUGCCGGGUGGUGAUGACGGUGGACGCCAUCAACCAGUUCACCAGCAUCUUCUGCCUCGCCGUCAUGUCCGUGGACCGCUACCUGGCCGUGGCGCAGCCCGUGCGGGCCGGGCGCUGGCGGCGCCCCCCGGUGGCCAAGGCGGUGAGCGCGGCGCUGUGGCUGGGUUCCUUCGUGGUGGUGCUUCCGGUGGUGGCGUUCGCCGACGUGAGGCAAGGGGACGGGGACUGCGGAAUCGUGUGGCCGGAGCCGGUCGAACUUUGGAAGACCGUCUUCAUCGUGUACACCUUCGCGGUGGGAUUCUGCGGCCCCCUGCUGGUCAUCUGCAUAUGCUACCUGCUCAUCGUCAUCAAGGUCCGCAGCGUCGGCAAACGCGCUCAGGCGACAUCGUCGCGGCGCCGUCGUUCCGAGCGCAAGGUGACCCGCAUGGUGGUGGUGGUGGUGGCCGUGUUUGUGCUGUGCUGGCUCCCCUUCUACGCCCUCAACAUCGUCAACCUCUUGGUGGUUCUGCCCGGCGACCUGCGAGGCCUCUACUUCUUCGUGGUGGCCCUGUCCUACGCCAACAGCUGCGCCAACCCCAUCCUCUACGCCUUCCUGUCCGACAACUUCAAGCGGGGGUUCCGCAGGGCUCUGUGCCGGGCCUCACGCCGGGUGCGCAGCCACCAAAGGGUGGACUCGGACGGGGGGCGGCGCCCCACCGAGGACUGGGGCGGCAUGGUUGCGCGCGGGCCGGGGAGCCGAGGGGAAGGGGCCGAGUGCGGCGAAGCGAGCCCGCAAAAGAACAGGACGGAAGGUCCGCAAGGUUCUGGGAGAGAGGGGACUCCCGAGGAGGAGAAUGGAGGAGGACGGGAGCAGGGAGAGCCAAAGUCACAAAAUGAAAAGUCGGCGCUGGAAAUCAGCUGCUUGUGA